CUUCUCUGUUCUAAAAAUUCCUUCGAGUAUUAAAUAUGGUUUUUACAGGGAAUCACUGGUGCUUCGUCUAUGCUUGGAUUGAAUCAGUCUGACGGCGGAAAACAGCGGCGUCUUAUGUUCAUCGCGUCAAAAUUGAACCACAACAGUUGAUCCAUAAUUUUAGAGGAGAAAGUAGAGAUUCUAGUCUCCAUCAUCUUGUUCUUUUAGAAACUUGUUCGAAAUUGGGGUACUGGAGAAGUGCUGCGAGAGGUGAAAAUGCUGACAUGCAUAGCUCGUUCUAAGAAACUCGGAGAUGGCUCAUUGAGUCAAAUUGAAGAACCGGACUCAUUCAAUGGACCUGGAAACAAGCAACAAUCUGUCAAAUCUCUGACAGGUCAGCUUAGAGACAUGGCGUUAAAAGCCUCAGGAUCGUACCGAACUUGCAACCCUUGCGCAGGGCCGAUACCGCCGAGUCGACUCAAGAACUGCAACUCACAGCCGGACGCCGACUCGGACCGGAUCAAGUGGGCUUACAAGAGGAGCGGGAGCUUAAGCUCGACGAAAACGAGGACAUGGGGGAAGGAAAUGGAAGCGAGGCUGAAGGGGAUUUCAAGCGGAGAAGGAACCCCGAAUUCAGUGAGUGGGCGCCGAGUUGACCCAGUUGUUUACGUUGAGGAAAAGGAACCAAAGGAGUGGGUGGCCCAGGUGGAACCCGGUGUGUUAAUCACAUUCGUUUCGCUUCCUCGUGGAGGGAAUGAUCUGAAACGGAUACGUUUCAGUCGGGACGUGUUCAAUAAAUGGCAAGCUCAGAGAUGGUGGGCCGAAAACUAUGAUAAAGUUAUGGAACUAUACAAUGUCCAGAGGUUCGACCGCCAAGCUUUUCCUCUUCCUACCCCACCGAGAUCUGAGGAUGAGAGCUCAAAAAUUGAAUCUAUAGAGAACAGCCCUGUGACACCUCCACUAACCACAGAACGCUUGCCUCGCAAUCUCUACCGUCCUACCGGAGCUGGGGCGAGCUAUUCAUCCUCAGAUUCACUUGAAUAUCAGCCAAUGCAGUAUCGCCAGUACCAAGAUUCAGGUCUGACCUCUACUCCGAAACUCUCUAGCAUCAGCGGUGCCAAGAUGGAAACAUCUUCCAUUGAUGCAUCCAUGAGAAGCAGUUCAUCUAGGGAUGCGGAUCGUUCAGGAGAGCUAUCCAUCAGCAAUGCUAGUGAUCUUGAGUCUGAAUGGGUUGAACAGGAUGAACCAGGGGUUUAUAUUACAAUCAGAGCAUUGCCUGGCGGCAAAAGGGAACUCAGAAGAGUCAGAUUCAGGUAUGAAGAUACUACAUAAUCUUGAUUUGGAAGUAGUUAAUCAUGAAGUUAAUAUUGCCACCCAGUAUAUUUUUCUUGAGUAUAGAUCCAAAAUCAAUCAAAAGCCAAUUAUUAUAUAUCAUGGUCAUUAAGAUCUCUUUCUGCCUAUUUAUGAGGUGAUAUAAUGCUAUAGUCAUAAAAGUUACUCAUUCCUCUGCCCUAGAUAACACUUUUAGAUAUCCUGUAAAUCUGUUCAAAUGUUCUUUGUCUUAUGGGUUGCUAUGGCUCUAUGGUCCCUCCAGCUAGUCUUACUUUCAUGCUCUUGUAUGUUUGGAGAUAAUUUAAACUAAAGGUAGUCCUAGGCCAGGUGACCCACAGGCUUUCUAGCAGCGUUCAUUAUGUCGGGGAAUAGCAUGAUUUGUUGUAUUCAAGUUCAUUUUCGUAAGCCAGAAUUCUUAUUGUCAAG